GCGAGUCAUACGAGUGUGCGCGAGGGGCGCGCGUGCUGUUUUCUGGUAAUAGCUUCAGACGAGACACACAGCUGCAUGAAUUCGCCGUUGUUUUUCUCGCUGUGGCUAAAUGUGAUGGGAUGAGGAAACGGUAAAGAUAUCGCGACGUAAAUACAUUUGAUGGAAAAGAAGAUAAUGCAUAAUGUGUCGCACUAGAUAAAUCUGGAAGCCCUAUCACAAAGACUAUUGCGAAGGAAUGCAAUCAUAAAGGAGCAAUGCUUUGAACUUGGACCACCAACGCUUCGUUUAAAAGAACCAGUUCAGAUUGCAGGGUAAACAUGUAGCGGAUGAAAAAUAGGCAGAAAUUUGUCUGAGCUUGGAUCCAACAGCUGAUAUUGGAGUGUGCUAAAGCGCGCUUCUUUGGCAUCUUUGUUUGGCACCGACUGCUAAAACUUCCACAAUGGCUCUGGUUAUGGAACCAGUAAGCAGGUGGACAACAAGGCAGGUGGUUGAUUGGAUGAAAGGUUUGGACGACUGUCUGCAGCAGUACAUUAAGAACUUUGAGCAGGAAAAGGUGGGUGGGGAACAGCUGUUGAGAAUCACCCAUCAGGAGCUUGAGGACCUGGGAGUAUCUCGAAUUGGCCACCAGGAACUCAUUCUGGAGGCAGUGGACUUGCUUUGUGCAUUGAACUAUGGACUAGAGACAGAGAACCUGAAGACGCUCACCCAUAAGCUGAACGCAUCAGCCAAGAACCUGCAGAACUUCAUAACGGGUCGGCGGAGGGGUGGUCACUAUGAUGGCAGAGCCACACGAAAACUUCCUAAUGACUUCCUGACCUCUGUAGUGGACCUCAUUGCGGCUGCCAAGAGCCUGCUGGCGUGGUUGGAUAGGUCUCCGUUCGCUGCCGUAGCAGACUACUCAAUGACCAGGAAUAAUGUGAUACAGCUGUGUCUAGAGUUAACCACAAUAGUUCAGCAGGAUGGCACAGUGUAUGAGACCGAAAAUAAGAUACUGCAUGUGUGUAAGACACUAUCAGGGGUGUGUGACCACAUCAUUUCUCUCUCUUCGGACCCCAUGGUGUCCCAGGCUGCCCAUCUGGAAGUUGUGCAGCUGGACAAUAUUAGGUCCACCGAUGGACUGGGUAUGUACAUCAAGUCGACAUAUGAUGGCCUACAUGUCAUUACGGGCACUACAGAGGGAUCCCUAGCUGACCGCUGUAAGAAAAUCCAUGCCGGUGAUGAGGUCAUACAAGUCAAUCAUCAGACAGUGGUGGGCUGGCAGUUGAAGAACUUGGUGAACUCUUUACGUAGCAAUCCUGCAGGUGUAACCCUCAUGCUGAAGAAACGACCCCAAAGCACUCUCACAUCAGCCCCUGCCUUACUCAAGAAUAUGAGAUGGAAGCCCCUGGCCCUGCAGCCCAUCAUCCCCCUCAGCCCGAGUAGCAGUGUGGCCACGCCCUCCAGCACCCUCAGCACCCCAUCCAGACGGGACAGCUGCGCUUUGCAGGACCUCUUCAUCCCCCCUCCCCCAGACGAGCCAUACACACCCAGAGAGGACAUGGGGAGUUUGACCGGCAAUGGCCAGUAUGCCGCCAAGGGUUCUGAGUCACCCAACUCCUUCCUGGAUCAGGAGUGCCGGAGGCAUUUCCCUCAGCUGGACGAGGAUGCGGUCCUGUACUGUUAUGAGUAUGAUCAGAAUCAAGGCCCCCCACCUGUACGCAGGGACAGCACUCCCACUUAUGGACGGCUAAGGCCUAUUUCCAUGCCUGUGGAGUAUAAUUGGGUUGGAGACUAUGAAGACCCAGCCAAGCUGAAAAAAGAGCUCAGGAGAGAAAAUUCCCUGCUGCGAUAUGUGAGUGAAGAAAAGGCGGGGCCAGAGGAGUAUCACAUAGGAAGUCGCAGCAGUAGGCGUAGCAGAAGGAAGAGUGAGAAAGGUAGUAGCCCCGCCCACUAUGCCCUUGUCCCUGCCCUGCAGAUGGAUAUGCUGCAACAGGAGUCCCUGGCCACGCCCACAUCAGAAACCUCUACUGUCUAUCUUACAUUUGAUCGAUCAUCAAUGCACUCCCGGUCAAAGAAAGUUAAGUUAAGAGCUGGGUCCCUGCCCUCCAUCAGCAAGCGGCGGAUCUCCUGCAGGGACCUGGGCCAUGGUGAUUGUGAAGGCUGGCUUUGGAAGAAGAAGGAUGCAAAAAGCUAUUUCUCCCAGAAAUGGAAGAAGUACUGGGUUGUGCUGAAAGAUGCCUGCUUAUACUGGUACACCAAUGAAGAGGAUGAGAAGGCAGAGGGUUUUGUCAGCCUGCCUGAGUUCAACAUUGAUCAAGCCAAUGAAUGUCGCAAAAAGUUUGCUUUUAAGGCUUGCCAUCCUAAAAUAAAGAGCUUCUACUUUGCUGCAGACAACGUGGAUGAUAUGAAUAGGUGGCUCAGCCGAAUGAACAUGGCGGCAACAGCUCACUCGGAGCAGAAGAGGAUUCGACAGGAUCAUGACUACUGGAGCGAAAGUGACCAUGAGGAUGCUGAUCACAUGUCUAAACAGGAUAGCCCUCCACCUCCCUAUGACACUUAUCCUCAUGCUACCUCUGCCAGUCCAUUCCAGGAGUCCAAACAUAUCCGCCCCUCCUCCACAGAGACCAUCCAGUCUCGUUCUGCCCAGGAGGCAUUCCACUCUGAGACACAAGGGGGCAGUGUGAGCAGUGCCAGCUCUCCGGGCCGUAGGUCUGCCAGUCAACGCCGUUCGUGGCAAGACCUCAUUGAGACGCCCCUCACCAGCUCUGGCCUCCAUUUCCUGCAGACACUGCCACUGGACGAUGCUGUGUUCAUUGAUUCCAAUCGAGCUGUGCCUGUAGAGCUCCGGCGCCAGGCCACUCUCCCUGCCCAGCACGGGCUGCCACCAGAACACUAUGUCCCUCCCUCCACACCCACCCAACCCAGCCAGAAGCCCAUAACAGCUGGAGGCAAGCAUCGCAGCUUUACCUUGCCCCGUGAUAGUGGUCUUCAUGCCAUCCUGGCUGCCACCAGUGCAGCUGAACACGGAGAUGCCCAGCGCUACCAACUGGGAUGGGCUCAUGCCAGAGACACAGGUCCAGAGCUGGAGCGCAGGCACCAGGCUGACUCAUUGGUAGAUUUGUACAGGGCUCUGGAGAGGACUAGUCUAUCACCAGUCAAUGAGCACAGGUCCUCUUCUCGUUUAGAGUACAAGCGAUCAUUCGUCCGUCGCUGCAAUGAUCCAUUAUUGAAUGAGAAACUGCACCGCCUGCGGAUCCUACAAAGCUCAUUCAAGGACAUCCCACUUCAAGAGGCAGAGACAAAGAUCAUUCAUCGCGAUGUGUAGCCAGAGUUACAAAAGAACACAGCAGAGCACAGCACCAGCUUUUUCAGUCAUAUCUGCUAAAAAGAUUAACUGUUACACAACUCUUUUUACCAAACUUUCACUUCUUUCAUAAAGGAUACUUCUCUCUCUUUUGCUCCAACAUUCAUGAUUUUCCUCCGGUUGCACUCACUUUACUUCUGUCUGUUGUAUUUUCCCUCUCUUAUAUUUAUGUUCUUGCACAUGCUAAUAUUGGCAUUAUUUUAUACAUACAGAUUCUUUUUUGAACUGCUGAAACAUUUGUGUUUGUAAUAAUGACUUACUGACUUGAAUUUGCCCUCCAUCUGGGCCAAUUAACUGCACUUCCAAUGAACUCUAAAGAACUCUAGCCUAUGUAGUGUCUCAUGACUUAAAAAAAAAAUACAGGGAAAGAUUAGAACUACUGAUCUAGACAUUAUUUUGUUAUUAUAUAAUUUGCAUGGCCAUUGUCUGGUUAAUAGAUUUCCUGUAUGUGAUGUAUGUUUUAAUGGUCUUAACUGAGAGUGUUAAAUUCAACUUCAUUGAAACUAACAUUUUUCAAUGGUAAAUGUUACUAUGACAGAGAGAAGGACAGAUUGUGUGUCUGUGUGUGGGUGCAUGUUGAAAUCAUAGGUUUGUUGUAUAUAAUGUAUGUUGUAAUAUUCUGACCGUUUGCACCCUAGUUCUUGAAAAAUUCUAUGUUGAGCAGCAAGGUACUUGCUAUAAUAUUGAACUAAAAUAAUUAAUUAGUUAAACACUUUCUAUUUUUGUAAGCAUGAUAUUUAUUGAUAUGUUUGCACAUUGUUUUGUAUGCUGAAUUCUGUUAUCUUAAGAUAACUGGAAGUGUAAAACCCUUUUAAUGUGUUCCCAAAAGAUCUUUAACAAAUUGAAACUUUCAUGUGAAA